ACUCCAAAGCUUACUCCGUAACUCACUGCCAAGGUGACUUGCUCCGCGCCAGACAAAUAGCUCCGACCUGCGCGGCUCACACACAGCGGCUGGGCAUGAGCACGGCCGUGUUCGGGAGUUUUUGGUCGCAAGUUUGCUCUCGGCUCCCGAUGUCCUCUCCAAAAAGAACGCAAUCCGGACAGAAGUAGCGCGUAAAGACCCACAGAGGACGCCCAGGCGCGCAGGGAAAGUCUUGCUACCUGUAUUUGCUACUUUCCUUCAUCUAGAACCUGAGGAUAACUUUGACCCACAGUGUUAAUCUCCGGACUGUAUCGGUGCUACAGGGGGAAUAUGAGUUCUGGCUUUUGAAGGAGACGCAGUCGGUGUACGAGCUUGGUGUCUGUUGAGGUGACCGCGCGGCCAGAUUAUGCAGCAUCCUUUGGACAUGGGAGCGCAUUACUAUCCUCCGGAAGUUCAUCCAGACCACAGAACUCAUCGCUACAGGAGUUUCAUGAUUGAGGAGAUCCUGACCGAUCACCCGGAGCACAAAGUGUCGGCCCCGGCCGGGGAGCUGCUUAAAUUCGGAGUACAGGCUCUUCUAUCCGCCCGGCCUUUCCACAGCCAACUGGUGCUGAAAGGAGACCAGACGAGCCUCCUCAAGUUCCCCAUGUCGCCCCUGUCCUGCUCGCUGGGCUCCCCGCUCGGCUCGCCGCUCCUGUCCGCGGGCCCGGGCCUGCAAGUCGGCGUGGCGUCUCACCACCUGCCGCUGGACCUGCACCUCCGCGGGAAGCUGGAGCACGGAGGCGACGGAGGCAGCAAGACCAAGAAGGGCCGCCGGAGCCGCACCGUGUUCACGGAGCUGCAGCUCAUGGGCCUGGAGAAGCGCUUCGAGAAGCAGAAGUACCUGUCCACCCCCGAUAGAAUAGAUCUCGCCGAGUCUUUGGGUCUCAGUCAGCUGCAAGUGAAAACGUGGUACCAGAACAGAAGAAUGAAAUGGAAGAAAAUUGUGCUGCAGGGAGGAGGCCUGGAGUCGCCGACGAAGCCCAAGGGUCGCCCCAAGAAGAAUUCCAUCCCCACCAGCGAGCAGCUCUCCGAGCAGGAGCGGUCGGCCGCGGACACCGACCGUCAGUCCGAAGGCUCGAGCUCGCACUUAGAGAACACUCAGGAGGAAUGACGUGGAUGCGGCCUGCAGAUACACUAUGACUCGACACGCUGAAUCCCCCCCCGCCCCCCUCCUCAUCCCCUUCCUCCCCCCUCUUCCUCUUCCCCAACUCGGACGCUCAGCGUGCGCGGAUGGAGAUGUUUUCUCGUGCAAAGACCUCCGGGGGGGCCUACGCACCCCGAAAAACCCAGAAACUUAAAACUGCACAUUGGGAGACAUCCUCAAAAGCAGCCAUGCGUUUAAGUUGUAGCUCUACCAUGCAUUCCUCCCUGUGAUGAACUUGCUGCUGUUGAGGAGGGAACUCAAACCAUUGCAGUAGGUCUACCCUUUAUAUUCUAAGGAUCCACUCUCACUCAAUCUGUUUUUUGCAUUCCUUUUGUGUAACUAUGUUAUGUUUAAUUAUUAAAUAUAUUUUCACUAA